UAACCCGAUGACCGGUGAUAGAUCGACCUCCUCCUCCUCCACCCCCCUCCCUCUCCCUCACUAGUCCCACUCCCUCCGCGGCCAUGGAUCCGGCCCCCGAUCCGCCCGCCGCCGACGAGGCCCUGGCGGCGCUGUCCCUCCGCGGCGCCUACCUGCCCGCGGACUUCGCCGCCGCCGCCGGCGGCCACGAGAUCGCCGACGAGGAGGACGAGGACGACGAGGGGUACGUGACGGCGGCGUCCAGGGGCGGGAGCAGCACGGCCGCGUCCCGGCGGAGGGAGGAGUUCGAGGGGCUCGAGGAGGAGGAGGAGGACGCCUACGGCGACGCCGGCCCGCCCAGCCCCAGCAGCAGCGGCUACGCCGGCGAGCGCGGCAGCAGCGUCGCCUCCAGCGCCGGCGCCGGCGGCGGCAUCGAGGAGGCCGAGCCCGACCCCGCCCCGCCCCUCCCCCCCGGCGCCGAGGACUGGGCGCGCGGCAAGAAGCACGCCGACGAGGACGAUGGUUCAGCUUCAUGGAGGAAGAGGAAGAAGCAUUUCUUCAUCUUGAGCAACUCCGGCAAGCCGAUAUACUCUAGGUAUGGGGAUGAGCACAGGUUAGCUGGGUUUUCUGCUACACUGCAAGCGAUUGUUUCUUUUGUGGAGAACAGUGGUGAUCAUAUCAAAUUUGUGAGAGCUGGAAAACAUCAGAUAGUUUUCCUUGUCAAAGGUCCCAUAUAUUUAGUUUGUAUAAGUUGCACUGAAGAGACGUUUGAAGGAUUGAGGGGCCAACUAGAGCUCAUGUAUGGUCAGAUGUUGCUUAUUUUGACAAAGUCGGUCAACAGGUGCUUUGAGAAGAAUCCCAAAUUUGAUAUGGCACCACUUCUAGGUGGCACAGAUGCGGUUUUCCUAUCUCUUAUACGUGCAUUCAGCUGGAAUCCCGCUACAUUUCUUCAUGCAUACACAUGCCUUCCCCUUGCCCAAGCAACAAGACAGGCUGCUAGCGCAGUUUUGCAGGACAUUGCUGAUUCGGGAGUUCUGUUUGCACUGUUGAUGUGUGAUCACAAGGUUAUUAGUCUUGUGGGAGCACAAAAGGCAACUUUGCAUCCUGAUGAUAUAUUACUACUUGCAAAUUUCAUAUUGUCGUCCGAAUCUUUUAGGACUUCGGAGUCUUUUUCACCCAUAUGCUUGCCAAGAUACAAUCCUAUGGCCUUCCUAUACGCUUAUGUUCAUUUUUUUGAUGAAAAUACUUACUUGACUCUUCUUACUCCGAGAUCAGAUGCCUUCUUUGAUUUGAAAGAUUCAAGGGCCCGCAUUCAGGAUGUUCUAUUGAAAUCAAAUGUCCUUCUCGAAGUCCAAAGGUCUUUGCAUGAGAAUGUACUGCGUGUUGAAGAUGUCCCCAUUGAUCCUACUUCUCAAUCUACAUCAGCUCCUGCACAGUCUUCUCAAGGCCUAAAUUCUCAACCGUUGUCUUCUGAUGAGGCAAUUGGUGGACCAGCUGGACUUUGGCAUUUUAUAUACAAAAGUGUCUAUCUUGAUCAGUACGUAUCGUCUGAGUUUGCCUUGCCCAUAAAAAAUCCCAAGCAACAGAAGAGAUUGUACAAGGCUUAUCAAAAGGUUUAUGCUUCCAUGCAUGAUAAAGCAACUGGUCCGCACAAAACUCAAUUCAGAAGAACUGAGGAUUAUGUUAUGUUGAGCUGGAUAACCCAGGAUUUUGAGCUGUAUGCAGCCUUCAGUCCACUGGCCGACAAGACCCAAGCGAUCAAGAUAUGCAACAGAGUAUGCCAGUGGAUCAGGGAUUUAGAGGACAGAGUGUUCAUAUACGGAGAAAGCACCAUUGCCUGGUGAUAUUUUGUCUUGCAAUACCAUCACUGUUGGGGAGAUGUAUGAGGUUUGUCUCUGUAACAUUCGCAAAUGUGGCCUGUUUUAUUCUUGAUGAUCAUUGUUCAAGACAAGUUCAAGCCAAUAAUUGGUCUUCCCUGUGCAUCCCGUCGAUGCGAUCGGGUGCCAUUUCUCAUUUAUGCGGCCUGUAACCUCCUAAUUCCCCAUGGAAUCCAGAUUACAUCAUCUAUAUGGGUUUCUUUUCUGUUCUUCUGUAUGUUCAAUCAAUUCAGAAAAAGUUCAGUCUACAAAGAUUACAGAACUUUUCAUAGUA